AUGUCAAUUAUUAUUGCAGUCACCUAUAAUCAUAACGAAGAGUUACGAGCUUUACAAAAUCGCUUCGAAGAACAGUUAUGUGAAUAUAAGGAAGAGAUGAAUCGUAUAAUGGAAGAGCAACGCAUCUCAAAUGAAGCUGAAUUUGAACGAUUAAGUCGAUUACAUCAAAUACAGUGUGAAAAUCUUGACAGUAAAGUUGCUGAAUCAGAAAAAUUAAUUGAACGACUUAUUCGGAAUAAGAAGAAUUUGGAGGCUACAUUAAGCAAAGAUACAAACGAGAAAGUUGCUGAAUUAUCAAAAGAAAUUAGCAGUCUGAAUACAGCACUCGAAAUGAAAUCAGCUGAAACGAGAGAAUUAAGGCAUCAAAAUGCUAAACUUCAAUUGAAGAUCGAAGAAAUUCCACCAAAAGAUAUUGAAAUACGUAAAUUAAAGCAUCGGAUUCACGAACUGAAAAUACUUGUCGAUCAUAAAACCACCACUGAAAAAGUGCUAACAUCGAAAUAUGAAGAAUUACAACGUUCGGCACGAUCACAUGCUGAAAUGUCUGCGUCAAUGUUGAAAGAAAAUGAUCUACUUCGUUAUAAACUUGAAGAAAUGGAGUCAUCCACAUCAGAAGGCGAACAUAAUUAUGGAAACAUUUUGGAGACACCACGGUUUGAAUUGAUGGUGCUGUUUCAUUUCAUCCUGACCAUUUCUUUAUUUCACCUCGGAAAAAAGGAUUGGCAUGAUCGGUUACGUCUUUUUAUUUUGGCUCAAUCUCAUUUUUUAGAAGUCGUGAGACGAUCGACAGAUGAUGAUGUUUUAAAUCGAUCCGUUAUAUCGGUUUAUCUCGAACAAGGUCGUAGUCGCUCAGUGAAAUCGAACGCCGAUACCAUUUAUGCUCCUGAGGGUACAUUUGUUGGUCAGUUUAUAAAGUAG